AUGAUAUCAACAGACCUGGUCAUGGGGAUCAUCUUUGUGUCCCAGACUACACUGGGAAUGAUGGGGAACUCAGCCUUGCUUUGCUGUUUCAUCAUCAAUGAAUUCUCUGGGAUCAAAGCCAGGCCUACAGACCUUAUUGUCAAAAGCCUGACCUGUGCUAACUUCAUGGUUCUGCUCUGUAAAGGAAUCCCUCAGACAAUGGCUGCUUUUGGUUGGACAUAUUUUUUAGAUACCAUUGCAUGUAAACUUGUCUUUUACUUUCAUAGAGUUGCCAGAGGAGUAUCUCUUGGGUCCACAGCCCUCUUAAGUUUCUUCCAAGCCAUCAUGAUCACCCCAAGGAAUGCCAAGUACAAACACUUCAAAGCAAGAGCCUACAAUGUCAUUGGACCUUCUGUCAACAUGUGUUGGUCCCUGCAAAUGGUGUUAAAUGCCUUCAUUCCUGUGCUAGUGACAGACCUGGGGGAUGGAAAAAACUGCACUGAUUUUCGUGAUUUGCUAUACUGUGCUGUGGCCAAACCUCACAAUCUAACCUCUGCCUUAUAUGUUAUCUUAUUGGGCUCCUCUGAUGUCAUGUGUUUGGUUCUCAUGAUAUGGGCCAGUGGUUCCAUGGUGCUCGUCCUGCUGAAGCACAAGCAGAGGGUCCAAUACAUGCAUAGAGUUCUGUGUCCCAAAUCAUCUCCCGAGACCAGAGCCACCCAAACCAUCCUUGUCCUAGUCAGCAGUUUUGUGCUCUUUUAUACAGCAUCUGGCAUCUUAACCAUGUGCUUAACUUUUGUAAACGGAACCUCUCGGGGGCUGGUCCAUGCCAGUGUAGCCACAGCUGCUUGCUUUCCAGCAUUGUGUCCCUUUCUUCUCAUCAAACACCACACCCUAGUUACCAGGCUCUGCUAA